UAGAAAACGUGACUGUUUCGCACGACCCACAAUAAUGAGUGCUAAAAUGUAUUAGCUUUCCGCAAAUCUAACAACUGAACAAUGGCCGCUGCUCGCCCUACUGUUAGUGUAUACAACAAGGACGGUGCCGUCUCUUCGGAGACUAUCGCCUUGCCUUUUGUCUUCAAGGCUCCUAUUCGUCCCGACUUGGUUCGCUCUGUUCACACUGCUGUUGCUAAGAACAAGCGUCAACCCUACGCCGUCUCCGAGAAGGCUGGUCAUCAAACCUCUGCUGAAUCCUGGGGUACCGGUCGUGCUCUUGCUCGUAUCCCUCGUGUCGGUGGUGGUGGUACUCACCGUGCCGGUCAAGCUGCUUUUGGUAACAUGUGCCGUAGCGGUCGUAUGUUCGCCCCUACCAAGACCUGGCGCAAAUGGCAUGUUAAGGUCAACCAAAACGAGAAGCGUUAUGCUAUCGCUUCCGCUGUUGCGGCCUCCGGUGUUCCUUCUCUCCUUUUGGCCCGUGGUCACCGUGUUGAAGAAAUUGCUGAAGUUCCUUUGGUUGUCGAAGACUCUAUCCAAACUAUUCAAAAGACCAAGGAAGCCGUUGCCUUGUUGAAGGAGCUCAAGGCCUACCGUGAUGUCGCCAAGGUUACCAACUCUCGCAAGCUUCGUGCCGGUAAGGGUAAGCUUCGUAACCGUCGUUACGUUCAACGUCGUGGUCCUCUCGUUGUUUUCAACGAGGACGCAGGUAUUGUUAAGGCUUUCCGUAACGUCCCCGGUGUUGAGCUCGUCAACGUUCGUCGUUUGAACUUGCUUCAACUUGCUCCUGGUGGCCACUUGGGUCGCUUCGUCAUCUGGACCAAGUCCGCUUUUGACCUUCUUGACAGCGUUUUCGGUAGCUUCACCGAAGUUUCUCAAUUCAAAAAGGAUUAUGUCCUCCCUCAAAAUGUCAUCUCUAACGCUGAUGUUACUCGUCUCAUCAACUCUGAUGAAAUUCAAAGCAUUGUUAAGCCUGCUGGCCCCGCAGUCGUUAAGCGUACUAACGUUCAAAAGAAGAACCCUCUCAAGAACAAGAACGUUAUGCUCCGUCUUAACCCCUACGCCAAGGCCUACAAGCACAAUGUCAAGGUUGACAGCGGCAAGAACCCCAAGUCUGCUGGUGAAAAGUUCUUGAGUGUUUUGCAUGAGAACUAAAUAAUAGGUAAACAAUAUUAAUAUGUCUUUUGUUUGGGUCUUAUUUCAAGGAAAGUAAAGUAGGAGUAGUUUGUAUAUUGUUGAUUGAUAUUGCAACCAAGCUUUAUUAUAGUAUAAUUGAAGCAAUUGUCAUCAGAAAAGAAAGCCAGCGGUUCUAAAAAAAAGAAGAUAGGAUACAGGAGUAG